AUGGCGGAACUUGCCCUAGGAAUCCUUGGUAUUCUGCCUUUGAUCGGCGGCGCCAUCAAGGGGUACAAGCAGGCGAAUAGGAAGUUGAAGGCUUUCCGACAAUGCUCUGAAGAGGCCCGAAAAGUGCGAACGGUGCUCAAAAUUCAGCAAAAACUCUUUUCCAACGAGUGUCGCCUCUGGCUAAGAUUCGCCAUUGAUGACGACAAGAUCGCCUCGGAAAUGGCCUCAGAUCCUGAGCAUGAAAAUUGGGGCGACGAUGGCCUGGAGUCGUCCUUGAGAACGCGUCUCGAGGACAACUAUGAAACUUGGUUUGACAUUGUCCAAGAUAUCACCGAAUUUCUUGGACGGCUCGAAAAUGUCGUGGAUACAUUUGGCAUUGAGGAAGAAAACAGGCUCACGGUAAGCGAGAGUGGCCGAGAUCGACGUUGCAGAAAACUGUUCUUACCUGCUUCAUAG